AUGACAUGGGUGAGCAGGGGACGCCCCCUUUCUGAUUUCUUUGCGAAAGAUAUGUCGUUCUCGGUUCAGAAUAUAAUUGGGACCCCCUUACAUGCGGUGGCCGAGUCCAAUAUCGCUCUAGCUCAUACUAAUAUCGACUUCUGUCUUGUGAAAUGUGAAGCCCCAGCUGAGCUCCAGCUGUUGGGAAAACAACUUUCCAAAUCUCGACGACAAACGGCAGAAGACGGGUCGUUUCACAUUCUCGCCCGUCGACUGGGUGUGUUGUUUGAUGAUGUCCUUCCAGACGUACCAGUGCUGCUUGAAGCAUAUGGAACCCGCGCUAGUCAGAUCGUUCAAGAGAUGACACAGAAGACGGAGAACCCCAAGGUUAUCGUUGAUGGGUUUUUCGGAUCUCAUCUAGGGAUUGACUCGACCACAAUAUGGGCUAGUGCGACGAGUGGAAAGUCCGUGCUCCGCAUGCACCUUCUCGCGUGUAUGCUAGCCAGGAUCUGGUCCCCCCAAGAGGCCACAGCGAUUUGGGCAGAGUUGGUCAGCCAUCGACAAACCACCAUCAAAAGCCAAGCUCAAUCCGGUGAGAUCGUGGACAAUUAUUUGGCUUGGUCGGCUGCCGCCCAUGAGAUUGAUCGGGUGUCACUUGGGAGUUGGGAUGCCAGUGCACGGGCAUGGCUACAAGUUGCCGAUCAAGCUCAGGCGAUGCAGCAGAUUCAAAUUAAUUUAAUUGUCAACAACCUUUCGGUCGCCGUUAAAUCCCAAUCAUCUUCCAGCCAUGCUUCGACUCCAAAGACACGAUCUUAUGACAGUGUGAUUCUCAACCUCAAUCGCGCAUUGACUACCCUUGAUAAGCUGAUCCGUGGUGAGCCCCUGCAAAUUACAGACGGCGGAAUCCUACUUGGAUUAGUCUCCUGGCAUAUUUAUCCCGAUCUUGUUGUUCUAGGCCCCACCACACAAGAAAUACACCAGAAAGACACUUUGGUCAAAGCAAGUGGAAUCGUCACUAUCUCAAUCACUCCUCAAGCGAGACCCCGGACAGACGGAGUAUACUGGUCUUUGCCACUAGCCAGUCUCAGGUACUAUGGAAUUGUUCAUCGUGAACGGUCCACUAUGCGCGAUUCUAGAAUAUCAGUCGCACAGCUACAAGCUCUGAUACUCGGCGCAUCGCUGGGCGCGGACGAUGCUGCAUUCACCGCCGCGAAGAUCCUGAAAUCACUUUGGAAGCUCUUCUCUAGUCUCUACGAAGCAAAACUAAGUCAAAUUGCUGACCAACCCCUGGACCUGUCAGCGGACUUGGCUGGCUUUGAGGUAGUGGAUCUGCUAAAAGAUGAUCGCCAAUCCCUCAGACGUUUGAUGAAGCUAUUGCAGCUCAUAUUUCCAUUCCAAGGCGGUAUAGACUUACUUCUUGGUGAGAACGACAACGAGAAAAAUAUUGCGAUGCAACUCAUGAGAUAUGGUACUAAUUAUGGAAAAUCAUGGAUUGGAAACGCGGGAAACUCCGCCUCAACCUUUUUCGGCUUAGCAAGCCUCUCAUCUUUGGUUUGCAUGAUCAAGAAUCGAGAGGCAAGAAUCAAAGUACUCCGCGCGCAGUGCAAGCAGUACCGUCUCUCGUCGUCAGAUUACGUGAUUCGAUUUCGAAGCGAGAGUGGCUAUGCCUACACAUCAAUUGAUGUCCAAAGCACACGAACUUCCCACGGAGGAACAAAGAGGAAGUGGGAUGAAUAUGAAAACCUCUACGUGGAUGGCAUCCAUCUCCUCAAGAGUCCGCCCGGAGAAAUCUGGACUUGUUUCGCUUCACCGGAAGCGUCUAGCCGUCAUGUCCCGCAAUAUUUCAAUCCUGAUAUGCAGGAUGACGACUCAAACGCGCAAGAUGACUUUUUCGCGCAAUUUGUCGAUGAUGGCCCCCUUCCUAGUCAGCAGUCAGUUAUAUUCAAUUUCGCCUUCGGUGACCAUAGCCUUGCGGCCGUUUAUAGAAGAAAUACUAGCCAGCUUUCACCCCAAACCAAACCCAUCUCGGACGCAGUUUCCUUCGACAUAAUCGAAGACCUUUUGGACAAAGGUCUUCUUCAGCUCGAUCUUGUGGCAGAAUAUAUUUUGCAUCAUUUCACCGUGACGCACUCAUCCCAUGGGAGGUCCCUUCUCGCGCUUGGACGAGUUGUGGACUAUUACAGGUCCCACCUACCCUAUGCCACUGUUGCCAUGGGUGUAAUCAAAGGCCCCAUUCACUCUUGGAAUUGGGCGCAGUCCAUGGUCAAAGAACUUGAUUCAUUGAGUCCACUUGCAAAACAGCAAGCGCGCGAAGCAAAUACACCUGCAACAAUAUACCCAAGCCCCCUGUCCCGUGAAUAUGCAUUUGCCGCAAUUCUACAGUUUGAGGCAGGGGAAAUUAGCGUCGACCUUGCUAAGCUCGCAGAUGUACUAGCAAUAUCAAGUGGCAACUCCCUGUUCAUCGCUGAACAACUACUCCACGAUCCAAUGUCACUGAAGAGUCUCUGCUCGGGUGCUGUCUCCCAUGUUAUGGGGAAUGUUGGGAAGCCAGGAGUUACGCUGUUGGUUUCUCCUCCUGAGGUAGAGGUCCGUGAACAUGAUAUUGAGAAGUGGAAAUUUGUCAAUCACAACUCGUUUGAUGGAAAUUCAGCCGGUGGAAUGUUCGACGGCACCUCCAUUCAUUUGUCUUUUACAGGCUGGGAAGGACCCGUCAGUCUUGAAUCGACUAACUCCCGGGGUAUGGAGGCCUAUUACGUUGAAACAGCAGUCUCCGUUAACGAUAGAGGCGAAUGCAACACCGGCAACACACGAUCGGCGCGGAAACUGGCAGUGGAUGGUGAGACUGGCCGCGGUAAGUAUUGCACGUUCAAGAAAAUAUCGGUGCAUCUGCUUGCCGAUCGAUCGGAGCUUCUGUUGGACUUGUGUUAUUGA